ACACCAGCAAAAAAUUUGCCAAAGCUGCAGGUGCUCGGGAAGUCCAACCCAGCCAUGAAUCGCGUUACCGGACCGGACAUUGAGCUCUUGCCUCACCGCAAAGGCGCGACUUGCAGCGUUUCCUCGUUCUGAGGUCGAAACUGCAAAUUUCUGCUUGCCGCCGAAUCAGUACCUCUCUGCUCAAUCUGGUCGAGCAUCCUUGGUCCCUGAGUAUCUACCCCUCGGUCUCUGCUUUCCCUCCCGCUGCAGAGCUGCACGUCGAUCGAGACAGGUGCUCUUAACAGGUUUCGUGGCAGGCUCUGCAACUUGAAGUGCUUUUCUCGAGGCAUAAAACUUAGGAUAAGCCCUUCGCCAUUUUUCAUUCUUUGCUCUUUCUCUCCGCUGGUCGUUUGACACACCCUUCGCACGGACUCUGCAAUUUGACCAUGUCGGCUCUGAAUGCCCUGCGGGGGUCAAACUCCCCAAUGACCGCUCCCCCGACGGUGACGACGUAUCCCGGGAAUCCGAAUUAUCGGGCGGAUUCGUUUAAACCUCUUUCCAACGGCAAACCUGUACCUACACCAAUGAUUGAUGGCCGCCAGGUCCCUAGGACGCAUUAUGAAGAGCUCAACCUCUUCCUUGCAAAUCACAUGGCUAAGGAACCUGCAGGGGCCCGAGCGAGCGCGCGGGAGAAGUUAACACGUCUCACGCGACAGCAAUUUCAAGAGCUCUCCACUGACGUGUAUGAUGAACUUGUUCGUAGAAAGAACAACUCUACAAAGAACGAGGUUCCUUUCUUGCCUGUUCGAGAUGAUUUCCACCCAAAGCGAAAUCAAGCGCGACAAAAGCUUGCUACAUUACCGAAAUCUCGUUUCAAAGACCUUUCGAGUGACGUCUUUGUCGAGUUGGGACGCCGUUAUCCAGAAUUAAAGGAAGAUGAGAACCCAGCUAUACUCAGUACCCCAGGAUCUACAUACGACGACCCGUCAUCCCCAGACCAGCUCAAUUCGCCUUCUGCUGCCAACAAGCCGCAUCGACAGCCUACCUCAUCCGUUCCGAGUGAUGUAUCGCCUCCCCCGCACUUUUACUCACAGGGCGCUCGCUCGCGCCCUUCAGUGGACACUGCCAAUGAGUUUCAGCCUGGUCUGUAUCGUAGCACCCCGGACUUGCCACAAGGGUCUCUAGGGUACCGUCAAGAAGCCUCACCCGAGCCGUCCCUACCCACCCAAAGAAAACCCUCAGGAGACUCUGAAGCAUCUACAUCCUAUAAUCGCCAACCUUCCCAGUCCCAAGAGAUUAUGGCUGCGUAUCCGCAAAGUCGACGCAAACCAUCCCAAGAGGCCAAUAAUGCGAACAUUUCCACGAACUCAAUAAAUACGUCCACGUCGCUUCGCAAAGGCUCGAAUGAAAGCUCAGCAAUUUCGUCCUCCCAGGGACCUUCUUCAGCGACAGCCGGUGUGAUCAUACCCAAUAAGUCAACUAUCGCCGAGGAAGUGAUAGAAGUGCCCUUUGGACGAGAGGAGGAUUCGCCAUCUUUAUCUUCCCGACCAGGCACCCCUGAGGGUGGGGCAGACCCGAACGGUAUGCGUGCCUCUAUCCAAUCUAGCAGUACACGCACUGCAGGGGCUGCUGUUGGACCUGGCUUGCGAAGCAGUCCCGAUUCACUCAGGCUGAGCUCAAAAAGUCCGUUGGAGCGCCUUGGUGGUCAGGCUCAGUCCUUUGGUGGGGCAGUUGGGGGACUGAAUGCACUCAGUCAAGGACUGUUGGGUUCGUCAAGAAGUGAGGAUGAAGAAGGAACGAUGAGCGAACGGAGAGCUGGCAGUGACUACUAUGAAAAGUUGAGUUUUGGUAGGACGAGCGUAGCCAGUGAUGUUAGCGGGAAGGGCGGGAGAACUAGACAGUCUUUGGAGGAUGCGGAAAAACUUCGCUCAGACUACGAGUUUAAGAUUGCCACUAUGCAGACUCGUAUGGCUUCGCUGGAAGGGGCUCUUACAGACUCUGCGAGAAUUAAAGCCGAAGAUGUUGAGCGGAUUCGGCAGCUUGAGACUGAGUUAGCGUUGAUGAAAGAGUCCUCCGUGAAGCAGGCCACCGAGAAUUCAAGGUUACAAGGUGCUCUUAAUGGGGAGCUCGAUUCUAAGGAACAGAACGCAAGAAGGGCUGAUGCAGACGCCCAGCGGAUAUCAGAGCUGCAGGAUCGGAUUGUUGUCUUGGAAUCGGAGCUAGGGAAUGGUGGCGUCACUCCCGACGUAGAAGCUCUCCGUGACGAGAUGCAAGGUCUGGUGGACACCCUCAGUGAUAUGAGCGCACGAAUAGAACAGAUGAUGGAAGAUAAAGAUGCUGAUAUGACCCUCAUACAAACGCUCACCGAACAGGUUAAGGAGUACAAGCGGAAGUAUGAACAGGCGAAAACUGAGCUCCGGAACAUGAAAGCGACGUCGCAGCUUUUCUCAGGGCCUCAAGUGCCCAAGGUCGACGCGAGGAGGAUUCCGAUUUCUGAAAACGGCGUAAUCGCUGACAUUCAUGUUACUGCAUUCCAAGGCGCCAUUGACACGCUGCUGAGCCUCGCCCGAUCCGACAAUCCUGGCAACGUCCUUAUGUCAAUGAAGGCUGUUGUAAAUGCAGUGGCUACCAUCACCGAUGACGUAAAAGCAUUUGAGCGGCGGCCAACUCGCCUUGAUGUCAGUGAAGACGCUAUUCGGCAUCUCCGGGAACGUGCCGAUGCAACGCUCAGUAAUCUCGUAUCUGCCGCGCGAAAUCAUGCGUCCGGUUUCGGCUUAUCGCCGGUUAGUCUUAUGGACGCGGCUGCCAGCCACGUAUCUGCAACCAUUAUCGAUCUAGUUAAAUUGCUCUCUUUACGAAGAGCCUCGUUGAACGAGCGUGAUUCUACACGGUCUCCUACACGCCAUCCAAAUGGCAGCAGCCCGGCUCCGUUCAUUCCUAGCCUUCGUUCCGUGGACGAGGCAAAACCAGGGAUGCAGCGUGUCCGAACGUCGAGCUCGAGUUCGGGUUCCCUCCGUGAGGACUUGACGACACGUAACUAUUCAGAGCGCCCUGGUCGAGCAAUCAGUCAGAGUCCCUCCUACUCACAAAUGGCUGACGGAAAUGGGAGAGCUCUCGUUGGAGAGUAUGAAUCGACUAAUGAGUCACUGACAAUGGAUGGCGGUGAGGAUGCAUGGGAAGAACUGAAGCCAUACCUAGAGGUUCAGUCCGAAUCCAUAGUAUACUCGAUACAGAGUCUACUGUCGGCUAUCCGAAAAGGCUCUCAAAUGAGCGAACUCAACGAAAACCUCACUCAAAUUAUCACGAUUGCUUCGAGCAUUGUCGCUGUUUGCAAAGACAGCCUUCCACCGGCUAUAACGGAGCAAGGAACAGAGAUCCUGCAAGAUCUUAGCAAAAACUGCGAUCAGCUGAGCGAGAUGCAGUCGCUUACAGAAAUCACGAAGCAGACGAGACAAACCAUGGCAUCUGCCAGCUUCGGUGUGGCCAAAGCAAUGAAGGAACUGAUGAAAUUAUAACGAAGAUACCUUGGUAGCCUGACUUAUGUCUUUUCACUUCAUUUCGCUUCGAGUUACCUCGUGGGUUUUUCUUGCACGUACAGUAUUCGCUUCGUAGAGCCAGGAGCUCUGCGCUGGACCUUCAUCCUUUCGUCCAUUGCUAAUGCCCCGAGAAAUCGGACAUAAUAACGAAUGUAAUGCCCUUGAUGUUACCAGUGACACAACGCUCAGCUCGACGCAAAUGUAGCACAUUCUACUAACAC